CUAGGAUCACCGUCGAACCAUCAGACAUCGUCGGGAGCAUCUCGUCUUCUGGUGCAUCUCGCCGGACAGUAAUAUCCAAGCUACGUUCGCCAGUAUACGUUCGCAGUACACCGAACACCGUUGCUCUCCAAGGGGAGAAGAAAAAUAAUACGUGUGAUUUGUCAGUGAUCGCGAUCAAAAGGAACGAUAUGAAAACCAUCACAGUCGCGCUGUUCGCGCUAAUCGGGACCUGCUACACGGCGCGUCUCGAGAACACGUAUCUUCCCCCCGGUGGGGGUGGAGGUUCCGGAGGAGGAGGGCUGAUCCAACCACCGCACGGUGGCGGAGGGGGUGGUCCAGGGGGAGGCGGUAGCGGAGGUGGCAAUUCGUUCGGUGGCGGAGGAGGCGGCAGACCGGGUGGAAACGGAGCGGGUGGAAACGGUGGCAACGGAUACGGUGGUGGAAGUGGAGGCGGCGGCGGUGCUGGCGGAGGAAGGGGAACAGGAUCGGCCGGUGGCGGAGGAAGAGGAUCGGGAUCGGGUGGUGGCGGAGGAAGAGGAUCGGGAUCGGGCGGCGGAGGCGGAGGCGGAGGCGGAAGUGGACAAGAGGUCGGAAUCAACUCGUUCGAAAACGAGAAUAACGGAGACGGAAGUUACCGGUACAGCUACGAAACCGCCAACGGGAUAACGGUUCAAGAAUCCGGACAGUUGCAGGGGGACGCCGAAUCCGUAAGCGGUUCAUUUUCGUUCACCGGGGACGACGGUGCCCAAUACACGGUUACGUAUACCGCCGAUGCCGACGGUUUUCAUCCCGAAGGUGCUCAUCUUCCGACACCCCCACCGAUCCCCCCAGAGAUCCAACGUGGCAUCGAACUGUCUCUGGCCGCGGAAGCUCGGGGUGAGAAUCAAGACGAAGGGAACGGAAAUGGCGGCGGUAACGCCGGAGGCGGUGGAGGUGGUGGCAGCGGAGGUCGAGGGGGAGGCGGAGCUACCGGUGGCGGCGUUGGUCGAGGGGGAGGCGCAUCCGGCGGAAACGGAGGACCCGGUUCUUUGUACCAAGGUCCGAAUUCGUACCAGACGAGCGGCGGUAACGCCGGCUACCAAUAUUAAAAUCGAUUCGUGUAACUCUCGGCAGGAACUGUGGCCUAUCGUACGACGUAUAUUCCGCGGUCAUCGCGACUUUUCGUCUUGACUUAUCGCAUAACCCUAAUAUUAAUCAACGUCAGACUUAUGUACAUAAUAAUAUAGCGUAUUUGCUAAUUCUUUUUUUUUUAUAAUUUAUGAAUGAAAGAAAAAAACAAGUAA